AAAAUGACAACAUAACAAAUUAUAAUUCAGACUUUUACGUAAUGUUAAACGCAACACGCACCUUUUAUGUUGGUCAUUUAAAUUCAAUAUAAAAAACAUUGUAUCGUGCUGAUUCAUAAAGUACAAAAUUAGAUUCUAAUAUGGGAAUUACCAAUCUUCUCUGUGUGUUACUACUUAUAUAUACGUAUAUAUACUCAUCACAUGUAUGUUAGCAUUUGUUAUACUUAUUUUGUUAUUUGAAGGAGAUGUCUAAGAUAAGCGAAUUCGACUUGAACAAAUAUCGAGAAGCUUUUAGCUUGUUUGAUGCCGAUAAUGAUGGUGCAGUUAGCGUUAAUGAGGUGAAAGAAAUUUUUAACAACUUAGGUUACAAUCCUAGUCAGAAAGAGUUGCAACGAAUGAUGCACUCGAUAGAUAAUGGAAAAGAGGGGUUAAUGAGCUUUGAAAGAUUUGCUCAGAUAAUGUCUAAGAAAACAGAAAAAGUGGAUUAUGAGGGAGAACUCAAAGCUUGCUUUCAACUAUUUGACAAAGAUGGAGAUGGGUUUGUUACACAAGAGGAACUUUUCGAAACUUUAAACAAAUUAGGUUUUCAUUUCACGCAAAAGCAAGUAAGCGACAUGAUGCAGUUUGCUGACGAAGAUGGAAAUGGACUCCUCAAUUACGAGGAAUUUGCAAAAGUGAACAAUACUUUAAACGGUGUUAAAUAACCAAAUGUACUCGAUACAAACCAUGUCAAAAGUAAAAGACAAUCAAAUACAAAAAUGAAAAAAAAGUUUAUACGUUAAA